UAAUCACAUUUUCAUGGGCCCGAUAAAUGCCAUAUUUUUGGACAAGUCAUGUCCAAAAAGAUAAAUAAAAUACGGUAAUGGAAAUUCUCGGCCGAGUAAGUUAUGGGAAAAAUCCGGACAAUUGGUUCGAAAUGGGGAAGAUUUUUUGAAAAACAGAAAAAUCGCAACUCCCAUAAUAUGCAUAAUAUCGAAUCCGUUUUAACGUAUGAUAACUCGUAGUACCUAAUACCGAAAAAUGUUUUCUAAAUAAAUUAUUGAUACGACCAGCCAUAACUGCAUGGGUUCGAAAAACAUUUUCACCGGACAAAAAAAAAACGUAACUUCCUUAGUAGACACCUUAACAAAUCUGUUUAAAUUGUUUGUAAAUAUAAUUAUUUUCCAAAACUUUGUCUAAAACAAUGCUUGAUAAGAUGCUUGGUGUUGAGAAGGAUAGAAAAAUAUUUUUUGUACCAUGAUCGCUAUUAAAUUCCUUCGUAUUUAUUUCAUCCAUUUUACGUAUUAUGUUCAAGAAUCGAUUAAAAUAUUUUUGCUGACUAAGGAAGCCAUGUAUUUGAAAUUGCUUGUAGGACAGAACACCACUUAUCUAAACACACGACCCUGUUUCCUCUUAUGACAAGACACAUCUUUAACAGCUAUUUCCACGGAAACUGUAGAAGCAAUUGAGAUGGGGCUGCUUUUAAAAACUAAUUCAAUUCAUUGUGAACAUUUUUCUCGCUUUCGUCCCCCAUCUAUCUUUAAUAGAAAAAAUUUUUUCCGCGGGUCAACUUUUUGAUGUUUAAGUUUGUGAGAAAAUGCAUUUCAAUAUAUUAAAAAAAUUAUUUAAGUGAAACCUGUACAGUUUUUGUCUUAACAUUUGUUCGGUGGCGUCCUAAGGCAUUAAUUUACUAAUAAAAAAAAUCUGAAUGAAAUACACAUGUAGGUUUUCUUUUUUUGAUGUGAAACAUAUCGGAAUACUUCAAAACAGUUCGCAGCGAAUAAGUUAUGUUUUUUAAUUUUUUCGGACACUUAAAAUAUUGUUAAGUAUUUAAAAUAAGCAUUGCCUGAUGCGUAUUUUGAUUCUAUACAAUAUGAAAAAAAAAAAGCUUGGUCCAAAAAUUAAAAUUUUAAAUUUCGUUUGAUAUUUGGCAACAACGCACGAAGAAACAAGGACAGUGCUAACGGCAAUCGGUGUGUGUUAGAGAGAAAAAGAAUGCGCCCAUUUACUUCCACACUGCAAUCUAAGAGUGGGAUGCUCUAUACACAUGGCCGAGUUCACUUGUUCUAGAGUGCGUGUGCUGGCACCGGGCGAUGUCCACAAAAAAUGAGAUUGGAGUCGUGAGCCGUACGCUCCGAAAUCAAACACGUCAAAACUUUGCGAGUGUUCUGUAGCGCUAAUGUUCCCUUCGUUCCUGCCUGUUUGGUGUUCCGCGUUGUGAUCACGCACAGUCGCUGGCCGAACAGGCUUCAAUUUUUAAAUACAAUGAUUUUGCUGUUGCAAUAGCGCCAAUUAAAUAGAACUUAUUUUGCCAUGCAUCCAUUGCAUCAUGCAGUAUAUUUUAAAUAAAUCCGAGUUUAACACCUAGACUAGCCUUUUUUAUAUAUUUUUUUAUCAGUGCAAAACUAAAAUUGUGGACAUUUUUACUGUACACCUUGAUAUUCACCAAUCCCUUAACCUGACACCUAAUUACUAUCAUCACAAAUAAUUCUUUUUCUUUCUUGAUAGAGCAUAUCGGAUUAAUCUAUAAAAUAAAUUGCAAUAAAUUUUAGCACUUAUUAUUACAUCGGAUCCUUCUCAUAAUUUUUUUGUAAUUUAGCAACAUUAAAAUAAUCCGAGGCUGCUAAGUAAGUAUCUGACUCAGGAAAUCACGAGUAUAAACUUCACAACAUGAAUUUCAAGCUGUGCCACUCAUAGUACAUUCUAUACGUACUAUUCAGGUGAAAAAUUUCUCGCUCUUUGAGUGUCUCAGUUGUUUGUGAAGGAAAUGUGGCUGACAAUUGCAGUGGGUUUUCUCUUGGUACUAUCGUUCCCAUCACUUGUAGGCUUCCACACAGCAGGCUUCAUAAAGCCUCGUCACGCAUCCAUCUACUGCUAGUCAAAUGAUCAGGUGGUGGUUAUUAGACACACGUAUCUUUGAUUAGAUAGUAGAAUAUGUAAUAAAAAAUUAAUUCUUCUAAUAACAAACAUCUUGAAAAAAUCUGUGAUAAAUUUGUAAAAGAAAAUUUUCAGUUUAUGAAGACUGUUAAAAUAAAAUAAAAUUGUCUGAAUCGCAUUUGUUUGAAUUUUCAAUACCGCUGUUAUUAAAACUGAGCUUAUUUUAAGCCUAAAGCGUAUUCAGAUAAAGGCUGCUUAAUCCUGCGAGAUUUAUUUCAAUUUGGUGAAGUCUUCAACUGUUUGUCAUGAACUUUUGAGGUGGGACAGCUUAUUAAGGUCUUUUUACUGGUCCGAGAAAAAAGUUGUAAAAUAUCUGUAACUAAAUGCUAGCUGGAGCAUAUUCUGUAUAGUAAUAUUACUGAAAGGAUAAUAUGCGAUAUGUGAUAUUUGGACUCUUAAGGAAUGAUGGUGAGAAGUUAGCAAAUUGGAAGCAGCUCACUCACUUCUGGCGUCUUCUCGGAAAGUACUGACGAGAUUCGUUAAUAAUUUCAAAAACAGUCGUGACUCUAAAAUCCUACUUACCAAAAGAAGAAUUGCUUUGACUCUGAAAUUUCUGCGAUAGUAAUUACUGUGAACCCUAGUUUUUUGAGGUUUCUGAGGAGCGGACUUUAUAUCACGACACUCAGCUGAAAAAAGUUUGAACAGCAGAAGUAGACACCAAUCUUAAAGGAAGAGAUAAGUUUAAAAUAUUUCAUCUUCACAUUUAUACUAUGGCAUUGUUCAAUCGUGUCAAUUUAUAGUGAACGAUCAUUUUUAAAAUUGAAGACCCAAAGUUUUAAAUCAAGUGUUACGAAACAUGAAUUCUUGAAUAAAUUAUGUUUCUAUAUUUAACUAUAAUUGGUCUACUGAAAUCACUGGAAUUUAGUGACAAGACUUUUUUUUUUUUUAAAUAUGUGGCCUCGUGGAAUGCUAAGAUAUGUUGUAUUUAAUGUGUACCAUCUUCAAACACAAUAUUAAUGUACUUAAAAUAAUUACUUUCUUCUGAAGACAUAUAUAAAUAAGGUCUUUUCUUGAAUGUAUUUUAAAAGUAAUUUUUUUUGGGAGAAUGUCUAAAUAAACAGGACCUCCUAAGAAUACAAAAUUAAAAAAAUAUAUAAUUUAGGACUUCGCAGCACGUCUCUUUCAGCGUGGAUUCUAGUUCAGUUUUGGUACGUUUGAAUUUUUUCUGCUGUCAUCCUGAAUAUGACUCCAUCUUGAGUUUUCUUUCUAUAUCCGUUGGAACACACUGGUUCUCUGCACAACUUUCUUUUCAGUGAGUCCAUAUAUUUUCGUUUGGAUUAAGCCUGGGCUUUGGUGAUGUGUUUCAAUUACUUUGAGACAGUUUUACAACCGCCAACUUCACAAUGAAAGAUUUGUGCCUUGGGUCAUUGUCCCGAUUAAACUUAAAACCAUAUCUGAUGUUCAAUUCGCCCGCACUUUUAUGAUUUUUUUCCCACAGUGCCGUCAAUUAAUGUUGGUAAAAUAGAUAAACCAAUAAAAUUUAUAUUUGUGUAUUCUAAAAACUGGUCAACUCAAAUUUUUGACUGAUACAUUAUCAAUCUCACGAGUCAUUUCCUGUGUAGCUUGUUGAAGGCUCUGUGACAGUUCAACCAGCGCCAACAAAAAUAACACCGCCUUCGCCGAAAUAUAUUGCAAAUUUUUCAUAACUUGGGUUGGGGGAGGGAGACAUACCCCAAUUCCCCAUUUGCCCCCGCCACUUGCCUCACUGUCUUUAUCAUAUGUGUUGAAACAUUCUUUAUUUUCAUUCUCACUCUGUUUUAGUAAGCCUUUCGUUCAUUACUUGGAUCCAACGUUUGUCGACAGCGAGGUCAUUAGAGAUAGCUUCACGGAAUAGGGAUAUAGGGUGAGGUACCAUCCCAGCAUGCACUUGGAGCGACUUCGGCAAACUGUGGAAAACCCGGGUCCUCUAGGUUCAGUGACAAGUUUCUAAGACUCUAGCCCUUUAGCUCUCAACACACAAUUAGUCAGCAGCUUUUUGUCUACUAUGAGCACACUUUCUUUUCAUCGACAUUUGUCUGAUCAACAUAUCAUGUGAAAAAAAAAUACUUAAACGCAACACUCAUUGGCUUUUUCCCCGGUAUCCGCGCCCAGAAUUCUUCAGAGUUGGCGUGCUAACCAACGGUGCUGCUUCUGUAUUUUUCUGCAAGUUUCAUUUUAACAAUUUUUUCUGAUAUCUAUGUUUGGUUUGCCACUUGCCGUACAGCUAGCCUGUCAUGGAUGCUAUUUUAAAACUGAUAAUUAAGAAUUAGAAUUUCGGUAAUCGGCUAGUGUAUUAGACGAUGAGUUUUAAGAAUCACAAGGUGAAAGCACGAUGUGGGGAAAUUAACUUCGGGAUGCGACUCUUGUGUAUUGGUAGUGUAUACCUUUAGGGUGUUCACCCUUUAAAGUAAUAAAACGCGCUGGCCAACCGAUUCCGAAAAGAAAAAAACAACCUUUCGAAAAUUUAAGCACAGUUUGUAUACUAGUGAAGUCAUAUUGGCCACAUGUGCAGCGGCAUAGGAGGUAACGUAGUUGCUUACCUCUCGGGCGCUCGGGUUUCGAUUCUCGCUGGCAGUAAUUUUAUUAAUAAUUAAAAUAAAUAAUCUGUUUGGAAAUGUUAUUAAUUUAAAUAUAAUUAAAUUUCGAUUUACUAAAAUUAUUUAUUAAUAAUUAUUUGAUAUUCAAUUUACGGUAGUAAUCCAAUCUAUGUACAUAAAAUAAUAAAAAUGAGCUUAAUAAGAGUUAAAAAUAGUGCUUAUAAUAAUCUAAAAGUUAAAAUUUGUAUCAAUACAUUUUAUGGAUGACUAUAAAAUCAUUGACAAUUUUUUUACAACUUGCUUAAUUAAUAAAAGAUGAUUGUUUACAUGAUCAACUAUUGCAGAGAAAUAAUAAACUCUAUAAACUGAUAGAAACGCAACUGCUCACUGUCAGGCCAAAACCGGCUUCAACAGAAUAUUGUGUAACUGUUCGAAUGGAAAUUUUUUAAACUUUUAGUUACAUUUUAAUGACAAGUCAUAAUUUUUAUUUAUAAUUAUUUUACCCAUUUUAUAUUUAAAUGAUUGACUUAUUACUGCAAUUUAAAUAUCAAGUAAUAUAUAAUAUAAAAUUUUAAUAAAUAAUAGAAUAUUAUUAUUUAUAUUUAAAUUAAUAUUUGUAAUCAGUAGGUUUAUUAUUUUUUAAUUAUUAUUAAUAGUGACCGUCAUCGAGAAUCUAAAACGAGCAUAUGGGUAACAAACAAGUACGUUACCACCUGCAUUACCAAAGCCGUUGGACACUUAACUUCACUAGUAUUAAAACUGUGCAAACAUUUUUAAAGGCUUUUUCUCGGAAUUUGCUGGCCAGUGUGCUUCAUUAUUUUAAGGAGUGGACGCCCUUACGGUAUACUGUCUUAUCCUGAAGUGAAUUUCCCAAGUCUUGCCCUCUCCUUAUCAAUGUGCAACUUUUGAAUAAGAAAGUCACCCUAAACGUUAGCCUUGUUUUUAACUUGGGCAAACUUUUAAACCAUAUCGACCGCGUAUUGCCGUUCAUUAUUCGUUAGUCCUAUUGUCUGUGGUGGGUUAGCUUUGAGCUGACUGGUAUAAUGCACUGGCCAUUGCCGUUGUGCAUGCUUGGUGAAGAGUGGGAAUACAUAUUUGACAAGUAUGCGAGGGAAAAUGUCUGGAAUUUCAUCUUUGACUGAAGUAGAAAGCGCCAGGAUGUGAGCGUUGUAUCGGCAUCGGCGUUGGAUUUUAACUUCAACUUUUGCAUUGAUCAUGAAUGGUUUGUCUGACCCUGAGGAUAUAAACGAGUCAGCAAUGGUUCUUUGCUCACUUUUGCGUCACGGUCCUGAGGCGAGGAAUGUGGGCGAUGCGAUGAUAGGAACCUGACCUUAGAAUGACAUACUAAAUGAACUCACAGUUGACAGUGACUUUUUGUAGUGAUUACGAUUAUCCUAGUUUUUUCUUCCUGGUGGUGGACGUGGAAGAAAAUUUUAUGGUUUUGUAAUGGACACACACGCACAUAGAUCUGGCGCUCGUUUGGCCAGAUUAAUAAAAUGAUGGUUAUUAAGAGCCUUUGAUUAUGUGUGAUUUGAAGAAGAAAGGGCUGUAUUAUUGAUAGGGGUUAUUCAUAGCAUGAUUAUGUAACUUGUGUUAAAUAUUAACAAAUAGUGGGUAGCCUGCGUACUGUUCAGAGAUUAAGAAUAAGUCGUCACCACUCCUCGUUGAACACGGGAUAAUGCAUGUUUAAAUAUUUUGAAAAAGACUCAAAUCAUGUUGAAUCGCAGCAUAUGCCUUUGGAAUACUGACGAGGUUGAAACAAGACUUGCACACAAAACCUUAGCAUGUGCGAGAUUUCAGUUCGAGGUUCCUUAAAUCCAAGUUUUUAAUUGCAGUCGUAUAAUAUGGUUCUGCGCACCACUUUUGUCAGUACAACAUGGUCACCUUACCUCAACAUGCAUUUCCAGGAACAUUGAGGAACUGUCCAUUUUAAAACACUGGCGGAGUUGAUGGCGAAGUGUUAUGGCUAGCUGCAAAUAUGUUUGCAAAUUUAUUUUUUAUUUGAACAGUAUUUAACUGAGAUAUACAUUAAAUGACAUUCUAGUUAUAUUAUUAUUUUGCUCUUAACAUUAGGUACGAUCAGUCUCUGCCUAAACUUCGCAGCUGUUUUGUCUUACGAAGCUUGAACUAUUCGUCUGUGCUGUGAUAUUGUUCUACUGCCUUCCACGGAAUGAUCUGUGCUGUCUAUGCACUUAACCUUUGACAUCGGUUGAUUUGAUUUUUCUGUGUUUGUUUAUUCGUGGUUUGUUUUCCAUUUGUCAGGUUUUCCCUAGGAUGUACAGUAUAAACCAGAAAUAUUGUAUGUCCAAAAUAUUUUAAAUCCAUCGUCCACAUUGCCACAGUCAUUCAAAGAACUGAAAUUAUUUGUUACAUUUACGAUUCUUUAACAUUUUUUUAUAAUAUCUUAAGUAGAAAUUAGUUUUAAAUUAUUAUUGUAGACUUUUUUUUUCAUUUUAAAUGUUAUCUUGACCUCUUACACUUUUUUUUUAUAGUUCUCGAGGUACGAAAGAGUUCCUUUGAAGAGCUGUAAGAUAUUUUUUAAUAUCUACUGGGAAGAUAAUAACUUUGCAUUUUACACAUUAAGUUUCGGAGCAUAUUUUGUGCGCAGGUCGCCGCGGUUUGGUAAGAAUACUCCGUAAAGAGGUUGCAACAAUGUCAGCAAGGUAGCUUGACGGGCUUUGAAAUGUCGAAAAUUCCCCUUAACUGGCCAUAUCUCCCGGUGAGCGGUGAAGUCAGCUAAAUACAGUGUCCACAAACUUAACGAACCAGGUGGUCGCAACUGUCAUUUCGGCGAAUCGGGCUUCGUCACAGGGCAGAUAGUUGGUGUGAGCUGUAGUACACCUUUCACCUCUUGAAGACAAGCGAGCACAGUGCAGCAUUUUUCUUCCACCUAACCAAAACUUUUCCCACGAAUAGGUAGUUCGAUUUUUAACAGUCACUGCAACAUGGCAUUCUAGUGUUGCUGUGGGUUUGUUUUAGUAAGCAAUGGUACUCUGCUGACCAAAUAAAGAAGUAGGGCUGUUUUCAUAGAUGAGGCAUAUUUUAAAAGCACUCUUCAGAAAGAUGCACACUUGUUUUAGCUUCAAUAAGAUUAGUUACCCAGUAUCUACAGGAUUGGUGCCUUUGCACGCAUCCAUUGAAGGAUGCUUCUGGUGGGAGGUUACUAAUCUAAGAUACUAAAAUUAAUUAAAAUUCAUUCAACACAAUUAUUACAUGUUCACCAAAUAAUUUAAGUGACAAAACACUCACUUCAGUUACCACAUUAAUCAUUACCAACCAACUUAUACCUUACAUAAGCCUCUCCAAUUUAAUUCUUUAUCUAAACAGAGAGCUUCAAUUUUUUUUCCAUAACUACUAAACAUAAUUAUCUUAAAAAUUAAAGAGUAACUAAACCAAGGCCGAAAGUCCUUUUGGGAGCUGGUCUCCUAAGGAUGCGUGGCUUACUACAUUCUUGGUGACUGAUAACCUGCCUCAGCUCGUCUAUAACCAACAUGUGACAUGCUGAUGAACAGCGACUCCUCUCCGACUGCACUAAUGAAAACAUCUCGAACACGAGAACUCUACGAUGGCCUCCUCCUGACCUGACUGAGAAACUGAAAAAUCUGUAUCUCACACUUGUACCUCGAACUCAUUACGACUUGUAACCUCUUGGUGUUUCCCCGUCCGAGUGAAGGCACACCUUCCAAUCCGAUCUCUUAAUUUAGGGAAGGAGUUCAUUAUCCAUACUGUACAAUUUCUUUCUUCCGAUCUCAUUAGUCAGUACCACUGCUACUUCCGACCUGAUUACACCCUCGUAAAGGCAUCGUUUAUGUCGAAAAAUGAAAAACAAAAAAAAAUUGGGGAUAUUAUUACAACACUUGUUCCUUCAAAAGCCCACACUAGAAAAGAUGGGCCAAAAAGUUGCAAAAGAAAAUAAAGAAAUUCACUCAUUCGAUAUUUUUAAGCAAUUGAACUUGGACGAUUUCCGAAUUUUGUAUAGUUGAAAGUGGAGGGGGUCUGUCUUAAGUCGGUUAGUCGGAUGGGAAAGAACGUCCGACCCUCCUGAAUCUGAUUCCAACUUUUUUGUUUGGACCAUCAACGUACUCGCUGCACAAUUUGCCAUUUUCUUCCUAUGUAUAGGACAUCGGAUUGGAUUAGAAGGUGUGUCGGGGCCUUUAGCCAACGACGACACCGAUUUCACUCUCCGAACCGCGAACUAUCGACUCGUUACCACGGGGGGCCUCGCCUGUCCGAGUUAGCCCCGCAUAAUGGCUGGAAUCCGUCCUCCAGAACAAGCCAGUGCCGCCUCACUCGAAUUUCGUAAUCCUUGCCCAGUCCAGCUGAUUAGACCCUCUAACGUUUUAGACCAGUGUGUUGAAGGAAUCUGCUCAGCCAUGCUCUGUGACCCCACUAGACCGAGUAGCUCUGCCUGGCCAACAAACGAACUGAGGAGCCCACUCAUAGUACUUACUGCACAGUGACUCAAAACUAGAAGUUAAAUACGACAAGACUGAAUAAUUUUGGAACAUGACACUACCCCUCGUUAUUGGAGCGACACUCCCAUCGAGCUAAUUUAAACUCAAAAUUCUCAUAAAUUAAGUAAAAUCAAGACCACUAAAACCAGCAAAGUGGGGUAUCCUAUGAGACUGGAUGCACCGAAGACUACCUCAAUAAGUUUUAAAUAAUUUUUCAUAAUGCAUGUAUUCGUGGUAGCAUGUUAUAAAAAGUUCUGCUUUUAAAAAUAACUACUACAGAAAUGAUUUUUUCCCUCUUAUUUAAUGAAAUUUGACAAUGAUAAUUUUCUAGGUUCUGGACAAUUGUUAGGUUGCUGAUAUUGAAAUGAGCUAAUAGAGGCUCAAAGUUAUUCUAAAUAUUUAAAACCUAUGUGAUAAACUACGCAGGUAGUGAUGACAGUGAGAUUGCAUUUUGUUUGGUUGUUAUGACAGUACAAAUAUGUCCGAGCAUGUAAUUUUAUGCAUAAUUUUGAGUAUGUAUCCAUUUGUAAUGAACUAUAAAAUAUUUUCCUCACUGUUGCAUAAUGAUUAUAUAGUCAUAGCGAGGAUAUUUUGUGGUUAAUUCCUUUAUUACUAGUUCUUAGUAUAACUAUUGUGUGCUGAGAGUUAAAGGCUAUCUCUUGGAUUAGUGUACCUUCAUACAAUUGCUCGCCGUAUUAUAUUAAUCCUGUGCAUUAGAAUGAUUAAGAAUUUUGUUUGAUCUUAAGGUUAUCAAGUGUAGUUUUGGAAUUGUAACUUUUUCCCUUUCAAUGUUUAGUGAAAAUAUCUCUAAGUAGAGGUACGAACGAAAUGUAGAUCUAUGUUUCUACACAUAUUUUAAAUCGCCAUUUAAAAAUAAAUAAUACAAUUACUAUUUUUUUAAUUUGUGACCCUUUCUUUUAGAUGAUUGAUCCCUGCAAAGUUGGAUAUUGUCCCAUCUUGUAUUGUAAUAAUUGUUCUACUGCUAGCUCAUCCUAUUUUAAGAUUUCUUAUCAGUAAAAGUAAGAAGAAAUUUAUUUUUUCUAUUUCUAUUUAGCUGAUUUGUUCUGUCGAUGGUGAGGUCUGAAUGAUACUAACACAAAACAAAUCGGAGGUAUCGGGGAACGAAUCAGCCAUGACCUAUCAUAAAGAACUAUCCCAACAUUCGUCUAGAGUUUGUGAUCUUGAGAAACCAUGGUAAACUGAAAUCAGGAUGUUUGGACUCAAGAGAUUCGAACCCAAGCCCUCAGUAAUGAGUCCAGUUUCCUAUUCGUUAUUCCAGUUCGUUAUUUAGUCCAAGAUUAUAAAGUAGCCAUAUAGUAUACUGGCCUAGGCAGGAUGCUCGAAAUCUAUGGGGACAAAUUUCAGGAGCUGAUUUAUAAUAGCAUUCCAAGGAACCAAGGAAGACCAUGUACAUAGUCGGGAAAUGGUCACUAAACCUAAAAUAUUGGAAUUCAUUUCCACAUGACGUAUCAGUUACAUCGAAUACUCAAGUGGCUGCCAUUGGUAGAAAAGGCAAGCGUUACACUGACGACUCCAAGUUUCAAUAACGCUUAUCACAGCCCUGGUAUACAUGUUGCAAUGCCUCCAGAUCAAAACCGACUCUAUAUAUCGUAAUCUCUGAAGGUCACCAGAGAUAGAAGUGAAGAUAAUUCAAAACUGUACUUCAAAUCGAAAUUGUUCAGCCCAUGUCACAUUCACUCCCAUGCCACAUUCACUUCCAUCCUCCAAUAGGCUGUUAUUCAGAUCUUUUCUCUGAAUAUUUGAUUACUUGCGAUGGACCGGUCACAUGACAUAUUCAGUCGCAGUAUGCAGUGGCGUAGCCAGGAUUUGCGUAUGGGGGGUGUUAAGAAGCAUGGCCCACCCGUAUUAAAGCGGGGUGUCCGGCAGUCCUCCCCCGGGAAAAUUUGGAUUUUAAGGUGUAAAAUAGUGCUAUUUUAGCAGUUUUCGGUACUUAAAUUUAAAUAUUGUAAUGGUAAAAAUUUUAUUAAUUUUAAUAUGAAAUUUGUUUGAGUGAUGAAUAAGAAAUUAAUUAAAGAUUUGGUGCUAGGGGGGGGGGGGGGGGUUCGAACCCCUAAACCCCCCCCCCUGGCUACGCCCCUGGCAGUAUGUAAAUUCAUUCCUUGUGGGUUUCAUGCUCGUGCUACCCAUUGAUAAUAAUUACAAAAUUUGACCUAUAAAAUUGCCUAUUUACAGCAUUUAUCAUGGUCAGGGAGAUAACUAUAUGCAUGGAAAAGAAAUAUUAACUAGUUUAUUUAAAAUAAAAGUUGAAGACUGAAUAUUUCAAAUGACUUACUAAAAAACUUGAUUAGUGUUCUUUCAUUUGUAUAUUUUUUACAAAUACUUGAAAACUGAAUUACAAUUAUUAUUCGAUAAUUUUUAUAAUUAUAUGGAAGUUGAGUUUAUAACGGUUCGUUGUAUACAAAAAUAAACAGAUGUUCCGCCAAUUUUAGUUUUUGUUUUAUUUUUUCACAAUAGAAUGCACCAACGAUUCCAAACACUUCCAAAAAAGGUUACUCACUUAUUCCACAUACAUCUGCCCGUCGAAAAAUGCCCGCGGUUCGCGUGAUGAGAAUUAACGAAAAAAUAGCGUCCUUCAGCAAUGUUUUAUUACAAGUACACGAAGAUGGUGCGACGUCGAACAGGGCCGCACCCAGAAAAAACGAAUUUCGCUACGAGCCGAACGCCGACGAAGGUGGCCGCAAUUUCUAAUUUAGUACUGUUCGAAAGAAAAUAAAACAAAUUAGGUUGACUUAAUACUCGGCCUGGCUCUGACCACCAACGUUAAAUUAUCUGUUCAACAAAUUACUUCAUAAUUUGGCGAGAAGCCACCGAACGCGACCUACUCGUGCAGCGUUCGACGGACGACUGGUGUAGUCUUGUCACCGUCUCCUCCACGCAGGGAGUAGUCACAUGACCUCACCGACCAAUCAUACGCACGCUUCAUUCACGCUUACAGAUACAAGCCAAUCAGAGAACAAAUUACAAUACAUGAAAAACCCUGUACACACAGAACUCGGGGCUUCCCUUGAUCUGUCUCUUUUCAAUUUCACAUCGAAAUCGGGGACUCCCAUUCUCAUUCUCUCUCCCACACCGUGAGACAGCAGUUAUCACUCAGUUCCUACGCAGUGGGGAAAUUACCGUCUUUAUCUCGGUUGGCAGGGAAGCACUGUUUCUUUCUCACUUACACUUACAGGCCUCUCAUGCCUCUCUUUCUAACCAUCACACCAGACACAGUACCGUGUUCUAGAAUAAUUCCACACGUUAAUUAAGAUUAAGAACAGCAAUCAUAAUACAAAUUACUUUACAAAAUUUAACUUAUUUAGAAAAAACCUGAAAAAGUAGGCCUAAACCGGCAAAAAUCUAGUACAACGGCUCAUUUGUGAAUAAUUACAUAAAAAAUAGUAAUGAUUAAAAAUGUCUAAUAAAAUACAAAAUAUUUUCUUUAAACACGUAGCACGUGCAAAUAACAUAUAUUAAUAGCCAUAACGUCUGAUUAUACUGUCUCAUAACAUACACAGCACUCUAAAAACAUUAACUUAUUUAUAUUUACCUAUACAAAAAGAAGUUUAAAAUAAAAUUAUUUAUUUUGGAGGUCAGGGUUCUGCAACGCUACAAGUUUUAAAUAAGUUGGUGAAGCCGUCCGAUAUGUCGCUAUCAGGCCGUAUAUGUGAAUAUGUUUUAGGAGCUUUAUGCCUGCUUGUAUAUUUUGUAUUAGAAGUCUAAAAGUGCUGAAGGAUUAAAGGCAACAGUGGCCAUAAUAUCAUGUGCCUCAUCCCUUCUACAUGUAAGAUAAUGAACUGAAGUGCAGUAUUUUCGUUGGCAGUGUGCCUUUAUGGGACUUUCGCUACAGUACCAUUUUAUGACAAAAUAGGUAAUUAUAAAUGCAUUUAGAUGUUUUUACUGUUCACAAGACUUUAAAAUUUGCAUUAUUUAAUUUGACAUCAAGGCAGAUUCUACCGUGUUAUACAGAAAUAGGAUAUAGUCACUUGAAUGUACCUUAAUUUUAGCUACACAUGACUGGGUCCCAUGUUUGCAGUAUUAUUGGCUUCUAUUAUCUUUAGGUGUAUCAAGUAACAAGUGAUUUAAUGACUAAUUUGUAUGUUGAUCUGUCACCAAACGAUAACACAAAUUUUACAGGUCGGAAAUAAGACAUAUUUUUAGUUAGUUUUAAUAUAAUCAAAUUUUAAGUUUUUAAUGUGUUUCGUAAACCAGGUAUGUACAAAGCUCUUUAAAGGAGUACUUGUUUGUCCUAGAAGCGGUGUCUGAGGAAUGUGAAGGCGAGAGAUUGUACCAUGCAUUAAGUUGGAAGUUAAUUCUGGCAUUCGGGCAAAAAAGCAGUAAGCCUAUCUUAUAUAAGUUUGGCCUGGUAAGGAGUCUCAGUGUGGAAUGACUUUUACAAAUCUGGUUUGAGGCAGUGUGUUUGAAAAUAUUGAUAAGCCCGUGUUUUUCGGAUUGCAUUGUUUGCAACCAUUAUCAAGGAUGGUUUACAACUGAAGAACUAGGGUUCUGACACAUUUCACAAAACUCAACACCUAGCAAAUAUUAGAACUGUAGUCACAGAAUUAUCUUAGAAGUCAUAGAAUAGAAAACAGACUGUAAAAAAAUUGCAACGCAUACAACACUGCAACAAGACAAUUCAACAGAGCCCUGCAAAACACCUAACCAUCUGGUUCGGCAGAGAAUUUAUUCUCACAUGGGCCAAUCAGAUAAACCUGUGAAUGGACACUGAAAAAGAAAUGUGCCAGAACAUUUGUCCUUCACUUUUUACCAACUUUGAUAAUAGCUGAAUCGUGACAUGGUGAAAUGGGAUCAUUUUCAAGACAUGGCCUCGAAACAGAAUCAAUCAGUUAUACUAUGAUCUAGACAUCUAGAUUAUUAGUUCAAAUUUAAAUUGGUUAAUUGUGGAAAUAUAAGAUAAAACAUAUUUUGUAGAUUUAAACAUUUUAAGCUUAAAUUUUUUACCUAUAUUAUUCUAAUAUAUAUUUUUGAGUUUUUUAUAUACCGAUAUGUUAUAGCUGUUUUCUUAAUUAUGAUUGAAUUAAAUUAAUUUUUUUUUUUUUACAAAACCAAUCAUCCAUGAAGAAAUGAAGCGGGCCAGCUGUCAGGAGACAACACAUAAGCAGAAAAUGGCGAAAAACGACAGUUCUCCAGAGAAGGCUGCUGCCAAAACCACCUCCCAGGAAGAGAUGGAGGUGAUGCCAACACCGCCAGCAGCGGCGACGAAGCAGCAAGCUGAAGGUCAGGUGCAGCCAGACCCCAAGAAGUUAGGCGAGCAGCACAAAUCCUCCGCCGAGGAAUUAUCCGGCACAAGCUCCCAGGCGGAGAGUUUCUCAACGGUGCAGGAAGCUGGUGGUCAGGUACGGCCAGAGCCCAAGAAGUUCGGCGAGCUGCACAAAUCCUCCGCCGAGCAUUUCUCCGGAACAAAUUCCCGGAUAGAGAGUUCCUCAAUUGUGCAAAAAGCUGAAGGACAUGUGCGGCCAGACCCCAAGAAGGUCGGCGAGCAGCACAAAUCCUCCACCAAGGAUUUUACUGGAACAAGCUCUCAGGUAGAGAGUUCCUCAACUGUGCAAAAAGCUGAAGGACAUGUGCGGCCAGACCCCAAGAAGGUCGGCGAGCAGCACAAAUCCUCCACCAAGGAUUUUACUGGAACAAGCUCUCAGGUAGAGAGUUCCUCAACUGUGCAAAAAGCUGAAGGACAUGUGCGGCCAGACCCCAAGAAGGUCGGCGAGCAGCACAAAUCCUCCACCAAGGAUUUUACUGGAACAAGCUCUCAGGUAGAGAGUUCCUCAACUGUGCAAAAAGCUGAAGGACAUGUGCGGCCAGACCCCAAGAAGGUCGGCGAGCAGCACAAAUCCUCCACCAAGGAUUUUACUGGAACAAACUCUCAGGUAGAGAGUACCUCAACUGUGCAAAAAGCUGAAGGACAUGUGCGGCCAGACCCCAAGAAGGUCGGCGAGCAGCACAAAUCCUCCACCGAGGAUUUCACUGGAACAAGUUCUCAGGUAGAGAGUUCCUCAACUGUGCAAAAAGCUGAAGGACAUGUGCGGCCAGACCCCAAGAAGGUCGGCGAGCAGCACAAAUCCUCCGCCGAGGAUUUCUCCGGAACAAGUUCUCAGGUAGAGAGUUCCUCAAAUGUGCAAAAAGCUCAAGGACAGGUGCGGCCAGACCCCAAGAAGGUUGGCGAGCAGCACAAAUCCUCCGCUGGGGAUUUAACUGGAACAAGCUCUCAGGUAGAGCGUUCCUCAACUGUGCAAAAAGCUGAAGGACAUGUGCGGCUAGACCCCAAGAAGGUCGGCCAGGAGCACAAAUCCUCCGCCGAGGAUUUCUCCGGAACAAGUUUUCAGGUAGAGAGUUCCUCAAAUGUGCAAAAAGCUGAAGGACAGGUGCGGCCAGACCCCAAGAAGUUUGGCGAGCAGCACAAAUCCUCCGCCGAGGAUUUAACUGGAACAAGCUCUCAGGUAGAGAGUUCCUCAACUGUGCAAAAAGCUGAAGGACAUGUGCGGCCAGACCCCAAGAAGGUCGGCCAGGAGCACAAAUCCUCCGCCGAAGAUUUUUCCGGAACAAGUUCUCAGGUGGAGAGUUCCUCAAAUGUGCAAAAAGCUCAAGGACAGGUGCGGCCAGACCCCAAGAAGGUUGGCGAGCAGCACAAAUCCUCUGCUGGGGAUUUAUCUGGAACAAGCUCUCAGGUAGAGAGUUCCUCAACUGUGCAAAAAGCUGAAGGACAUGUGCGGCCAGACCCCAAGAAGGUCGGCCAGGAGCACAAAUCCUCCCCCGAGGAUUUCUCCGGAACAAGUUUUCAGGUAGAGAGUUCCUCAAAUGUGCAAAAAGCUGAAGGACAGGUGCGGCCAGACCCCAAGAAGUUUGGCGAGCAGCACAAAUCCUCCGCCGAGGAUUUCUCCGGGACAAGAACCCAAUCGAAGAGUUCCUCUGCGGUGCAGAAAGCUGGUCAGGUGCGGCCAGACCCCAUGGAGUUUGGUGAGCAGCACCAAUCCUCCAAGGAUUUCUCCGGAACAAGCUCCCAGGCAGUAAGUUCCUCAAUGGCGCAGGAAGCUGGCGAUCAGGUGCAGCCAGACCCCAAGAAGUUAUGCGAGCAGCACAAAUCCUCGGACAAGAAUGAUUUCUCCGGAACAAGCUCCCAGGCGGAGAGUUCCUUAGUGGUGCAGGAAGCUGGUCAGGUACGGCCAGACCCCAAGAAGUUCGGCGGGCAGCACAAAUCCUCCGCCAAGGAUUCCUCCGGAACAAACUCUCAGGCAGGAUUUCCGGCUCGGAUUCCGCAAGCUGAAGGGCGGAAGAUGACAACACGCUCCCGGAAGGUCGGCGAGCAGCACAAAUCGUCUGCCGAGGAUUUCUCUGGAACAAACUCUCAGGCAGGGAGUCCGGCGCGGAUUUCACAAGGUAAAUUUCGGAAGAUGACAACACGCUCCAGGAAGGUCGGCGGGCAGCACAAAUCUUCCGCCAAGAAGGAUUCCUCCGGAACAAACUCUCAGGCAAAGAGUCCGGCGCGGAUGCCGCGAGCUGAUGGUCGGAAGCUGAGACCACGCCCCAGGAAGGUCGUCGGAAAAAAGAGUACCUCAGAACCAGAAGUUAUUUCACUUAUCUCUCCGCCUUCGUCCCCUGAGACGCACAAAAAUUGGGAAACUACUGAAGAAUAUACAGCUGGACUAUCUCGUGCAACAUCGUUCGCGUCUAUCGCCACAGCUGAUUUACCACAUAAAAGUCAGUCUGCGCCCCUAUCCCGUAGGCGGAAAUCUUCAGGAACACCGUCAGAUGCUGGUGAGCCGUCAUUUAAAGGCUGGUCUGUCGCAUCUGCAAAGCCUGUAGUCAGACCUAUACUUCCCGAAUCGUCAGCGAGUGAUUUGCUUUCGUUGGUGGAGCGACAGGGGGCCAUGUUGGCACGCAUGGAGGCAGAAAAUGCUAGACUGCAAGAGCGAGCGGGAAUGCAAAACGUUGAGCUGUUGCUCAAUAAUUCUGAGCGAUUGAUCAAUAAUUUUGAGCAGUUGUUGCCGCGUUUAGAUAAUAUAAGUGCUAACCUGGAAGAACGCCCGAAUGGGUGUACAUUAGCUCCUAAGUUAGAGCGACUGCUGCAAGAUGCUGGGAAUAUGGGGGCAGAGCAAGUUCGUUUCCUGGCGUGUCUUGAGGAGACGAAUACUAACAUGAAGAAGAUUCUCACUAAGCUGGAUGAUAUAGACCUGCAUCUGAAACCUUCCAAGCGCUCCCCAAGCCAUUUGGUACCCUAAAUGAGUGCGCCAGAUAGACCAAGUAAAAAGCCAACCAAUUGUGUGUGUUUCUGACUUUUUGUCUUUGUUUAAUAAUAAUACUUUGCCAGUAUUAUUUUCUAAACAAUAACAGAAGUGGAAACUGGACGAAAUAACUUUACACAACAACUUACCUCCUGUAUAAGCACAAUGUUUGAUAACACAUUACUUAAAAAAAGAAUCUUAUGUGCAUUAUUUUCAUCCAUGUUCUCCAGUUAUGAGAAUAACUUAGUAUUUACUUUUGUUUCCUAGUUUGCACUAUUAUAUGUUUUGUUUUUUUUGCAUGUGAAAAUUGAUGUAAACAGUUGAAAUAAUAUUUGAGAACCUAGCUACCAAUCAUGAAAAAUAUUUCUUUUUUUUAAAAAAAACUAAAAAAAAUUUAAAAUACUGUUCAGUAUUUGCUGGAAAGAGCCGCAGAUUCGAUGCGUAUGCUGUCAAAACAAUUUAGGAAAUGCUUCAGCACACUACUUUUUUUAAUUCAUCGCCAAUAGCUUUGUUAUUCUAAGUUCGUACUGGUGAAAUUUCCAAAAGUUUGGAUUCUAUAUUGAAAACAUUGCUGUAAUAAUCAAUCAUGGCUAAUGUUAAACAAGCAGGCCCUUUUCUUGAAUAAAUUAUUAUACUUUGACAUUUCACUAGACUAGGUUGCAAAUUUUAAGCAUUACCAGUCUACUCAUAGAUUUGCCACGUUGUGUCCGAAUGGUACAAAAUUUUAUAAGCAUUUAUCAUACCCGACCCCAUAUAUAAUGGCAAUCAAACGUUCCGUUCCAUUCCAUCCAAUUUUUUGCUGUGAAAUGAUUAAAAGAUGAAAUAUUGAGUACAAGUUGUUGGAGGCUGAUGUUUGUUAUCCUUGCGGUAAUCAUACCUGAGGGCUUUGCUGGCUAAGCUAAGUGCUUGCUAUCUUCCCCUACCAGUUAUUCAUGUAACACACAGUGUCUUCCAGUGAAUUUGUGCCACCAACCAAGUAUUGCCUUGUUUUCGGGAGCGACUUUGACACAGGCAUGCCUCGAGUCUUUAAUGUAAUUAACGAUCAAACUGUCUCCUUUCUUUGGACACUCUUGAAUGUCUGGUCUGCUCUCUAUUCUGUGUAUUUGUUAAAGUAUGAAGUUAACACCUACAAUUCUAAAUUAUGUGCUGUGAUGAUUGGUUACUAGCUUGAUGCCAAAUUACGCAUCAUUUAAAUACUAAAAUCAAAACAACAUAUUAUUGAAAAAAUAGCCAUAUGUAAUAAUUUUAAGUGCAGUUUCUUUUUAAUAUAAAAGUUUUUAAUAUUUUUUUCUAUGUGUAGCUUACUGGUAUUUCCAUAUAGUUUUAAAAUUUAAAGAGUUCAGUGUUGAGCUAAUGUUGCUAUUUUUAUAUAAAUAAAAAAAAUUGUAAAGGUUAAAUGUUGACUAAUAUCAGCAUAAAAACAUUAAAUACUUAUCAGAUAAGGUGCUGAAAUCUUGUUCUGAUAACCCUAGGAUAUCUUAGUCCUGUUAAGUCAGUUAAUUGGACUUUUUUUUAAUUAUCGCCCAGAGAUUUUGAGCCUCGGGUUCUAGGGUCUCAGAUAUAAAUGUUAAAUAGGCAGUGUUUAAAUGUGAUUUUAUGAUACACUGUAGAAAGGACUACCUGUAUUAGGGAGCAACAUAAUUGCCAUUCUUUUGAGAAUGUAAUAGAAGCCUCUGUUUAUUUAGGGCUACUCUUUUUACUAGUUUUAGGUAUAAACCAGUGAUUUUCAAAUGGUUUUUUAUAUGCGUUGUAUUGGCAUUAUUUUUUCAACCCUGUACUUUUUUAGUCUAUUUAGUAAACCUCAGGACUAAGAUGAGAGAUUUCUUGAAGUUUUUUUAGUGUUACGAACUGAUGAAUCUUGUGCCAUUUGGUUUAUGGGGUUCAGUUUGGGUCAGGUGUACCAAACCUGUACUGUCUACCAUAAAACAAUGUAUUAUGAACAACUUACCUCAUUUUAUGUAGAAUAGUGUGGAUGAUAUUGUGUAAUCCUGAACGUUUAAAUGAGUUAAUGGUAUGGUAGGCUACUUAUACAAGCAAAUGUUGGGACUUGCAACAUUGCGCCCUGUUUGUCACGUACUUGUUUCGCUCUUGACACACAAGGCUCAUCACCGACCAUGAGGAGAUUUACCGUGUAUAGUGGCUACGUUGGUUGCAGUAACUUGAGAUUUGUCAGGAAUUUCUUGUUGAAAAUUUGACAUAAUUGAAUGAGGAACUGUUAACUUUAUUAUUAUUACUCGACAUUAUCGUCUCCUGGGAUAAAUUUUUGUGCUUUUUGGUUAUAGUGUAGUUAACAUCAUUAAAAUAUUGAAAAUUUUUAGAUUCAACUACUCUUUCACACAAAAUCAGUUAAUAAUUGAUUAAACUUAAAGUUUAAAUUUUGGUAGGUGCAGUACAAUUUCCUUUCAGUUCUUAUUUUUGUUAAACAUAGCUUUUAAAAAGGCAGCUGUUGGAUUGCGGGAAAAUCCAUCGCUACAAACAUUUCCUCACUCAUAAUCAUGAUUAUGCGCUGUCACUUUGUUGCCAAAACAGAUUUUACUAUAGUACGAUGGCAUUUUUUUACUUAUUUCUUUUCUUUUUCAUGUUGGUGAUAUGUUGUGCGGCUUAACAUUUUCUCUGGUUUACUCGAUCAUAACGUUUAAAAUAAUUAUUUCAUAAAAAUUCUAACUUAAACACCAGUUAGCCAUGGAAGUAGUAUGUUGGACAAUGAACAGUCGCAUUGAUAGCCAACAUUCUCUUGCUUCGUCUAUCAUAAUUUACUGUGUUUAUAAAAUAGUUUUUGCAUUACAUGGAUAAUUUCUGUAAACUGUGUUCAGGUUAACUGUCGUGGUAAUCGAACCCGGUUCCUUCAUAAUGAAUCAAUUUUUUUAUUAAUUUUUUUUCCGCCAGUUCACCCAGCUCGUUUGUUUUCAGUAAGUAUGUAAAGUACACGAGUCGGUUGUAAUCCGGACAGAGUUGAGUGUGUAGGCGAACAUCCUCCAGGGCGGUGUGAUUGGUCGUAAAGCCGCAAGGGAUAGCUGCAGCAGCGCCCCGCAGUGAAGCGAACGCCUGGUGCAGCUGUUAUUGAUUUUGAAUCUCGCAGUCACGUGGGCGUGCGGAGGCGCUUGUAUACCGCUUGUAUACCACCACUUACCGUCUACCGGCCUACCUAUUCUAAGUACGCAUUCAUUUGAGAAGAUUUUUAAAACACGUAAUUUCUCAAAAUGCCUUUUACUGUCUUGGAUGCUUUUCAUCAAAAUGUAUUCGAAAUAGGUUCACAGAAUAUGCUGAGACUUCGUGUUAUUGGAGGAAUUUUGUUAAGGUAAUUAAUUCGCUGAUUAUUAUAAAAAUUUUUUUGUUAAAACGAGAGAGAUUCCGCUCCAGUGUUUUUAAUAUAUUUCCUAAUUGUUGGCUGCUAUAAAUUUUUUUUUGCUAUUUUUUUACACGAUAUUAAAACAUGUAAAUAAUGCCUCUGCUAUAUUGUAGCAUUUUAAUGUUUCAAUUAUGUCUACGUUUGUGAAAUUCAAAACAUAGUCAGUUCCUAGGACAUUUUUAUGGAAGGAAAUACAAAUUUUUAAAUGGAUUAAAAAUAAACACACUUCGGGAUGGAUUUAUACAUUUGACGCGUUCGAAGCUGUGCAUCAAACAAAGCAUUAAUGGAGCUAAAAUCUCGUGAACUCUGUUACAAAUCAUCCGGUGUCUUGGCGAAUAAACUGGUGUUUUUUUUACGGAUACUUUAAUUAAUUUGCACAUGGGUUAAAAGUUUUAAGUUUCAAGUCUGCUCAAACGCUCCUAUUCCUCCCACGUGCAGCGGUAGUUCAUAAACAGUUGUUUCUACCUGCGUACCUACCUUCGAAGCUUAACUAUGUCCACUCGAAAUUAACGGUGGUAGCCGACCAGCCAAAUUUAGGAUGCCCCACUAAAUUAGACUAAAGUGCCGUCUCUGUCUCUCUCUGGUUACGACAUGCGGCGUGAAGCCUCGGAAGGUAUCUUGGCUUGGCCGCGCGCAGCCUGGCGCUCGAUCGAUGCACAGCACUCGCAGCUUAUCUUGUCUGCGGCCCAGACAGUCGCUGUCCUUGUCAACCCACGUGUCUGGUUUCCGAGUGCCUCGCUCCGGACCCGGCAUUGCCAACCUCUGCCGAGUUUCCCCCACACUCCUAUUUAUUUUUUCUAAUUUAUUUUUUAUUUUGUUUUGUACUCCAGUACUCUAAAAUCGGGUAAAAACAAGUUUUGAUAUUGUUGUUGAUAUUUAAUUUAUAUUCUGGUUCAGUUUAGGUUUUUUUUUUAACUCGAAAUGAUUGAAUACGCACACAAAACGAAAGAUAAAACUAAACCUAAAACUACGUUACAUAGUGUACAAAUUGGUCAGUUUCAUUUAGCCUUGUGUGUCAGUGGCCACUACCCUUCCGUGAUAAGCUAGCUCCGAAGGGUCGAUAGUUCAAUCUUUCGAUAACCACAAGUCGACUUAAUAUCCAACGAGUCAAGCUUAUCAGUACUACUCAAUGUUAGCGCUAUAGUUAUUCACAGUUUAAGUUUUAACAACAACGAAGGUGUUUACAUGUUAAACGCAACAAAAAAAUUCUUAAUGCAAAAGAAUUUUUGAGUAAUUUUAAUACCAAAACAAUGUUGUGAAGUAAAACCAUUUUUAAAUAUAAAAUAUCAAUCUAAAGAAUUGAUUUAUUUAUUUAUUUUUGCUUUGAAAGAACAGAGGAAAAAGUGUGACUAGCUCAAGCUCAUUACAAACGUAAAUUUGGUAGUUUUUAAUUUUUGUUUUGUUUUACCUUGUUAAUUGCUCGUGAAUUCUUAAUGCCCUACUGUAAACGUUAAAAUUUUUUCUUAUUGGCAAUGUUUACUAAUAGUGCUGAAGUUCUGUGGAUGAUUGCAUUCUGUGCGUAACGAAGUUAAAUUUGUUUACAUUGUAUGGAACAUUUUAUAAGUUAAAUGGUUCACAUCGUUCUGGUAUAAUAUAUUACCUGAAAAUUUUUAUGUAAUUGUCAUUUCUUAUCCUUAGAUGUAAGGUCUUUGUUUUUUGUUUUUAAUGUUUGUGUCCAUUAUAAUAAUAACAUAUUUGAAAAAAAAAUACUUCAGUUACAAGUAUGAAACAAUUUCUUGUAAGGUAAUUUUGAAGGGAAAAAGUUGUGUUUAAAGAAAUGUGUUUUUGGGGGUCUUUUAGUAUUUGUAGUGCUUUUGUUCAUGAGAACGACUGUGUACUGUUUUACUUUUCAAAAUAUGUAGCUACAAAUAUUUUGUAAAAUGUAUUUUAUACUUUACCUAUGCAAAUAAAUACAUAUGUAAUUUUGACUUAUUAAGAUACAAGUAUGAAACCAUUUCUUAUAAGUUAAUAUUGAAAAAAAAAAUGUGUAAGGAAGUGUUUUUGUGGCUCUUUUGGUAUUUAUGCUUUUGUAGCUUUUUUUUGGUGUUUGUAAUGCUUUUGUUUAUGAGAACGACUGUGUACUGUUUUACUUUUCAAAAUAUGUAGCUACAAAUAUUUUGUAAUAUGUGUUUUAUACUUUACCUUUGCAAGUACAUUUGUAAUUUAGACUUAAA